AAAAAUUAACGUUUUUUUCAUAUUAUAUAUUUUUUCUUUUUAUAAUUGCCAUAUGGCAGUGCGCGUUUAGCGUUCAUUUAAGCGCACGCUAGGAAGGAGAGAUGCGCGACCCGCACGUUCACCACUUUGUCCCGUAAGAGCAUUGUUACUUUUCCACUUUUUUACUUCCCCAAUUCUGCCACUUGCAACCCACACGUGCCUGGUUGGGCACGCAUUCCCCCCUUGACCCCGACGCGUAUCAUCCACCCUUUGACGUGCCCGCCAUGGAUGGCAUACUGCAGAUUCGUGACUUCUUCUACGCGGGGUAUGAGAACUACUGCCUGAGGAACUUCGAGACAGCUAGCAAAGAGGAGCGGAAGGAAGCGGAGGAGUACAUAUAUCAAAUAUACAUGCGAAGGAACGAGAAGGAAACUCUGCUAGGUUUGAAAAAGUCCCCAAAUGAGAACCUCCAGUGGUUAUGCAAAUACUAUGAGCAUUAUUACUUGAAAGAGAAGAAGGCGAAGGGGAAUCUCGCCAUGGAAGCAGAAGCAGCACUGCUGAGCGAAGUGGAAAAGAUGAAAAUAACCUCCCCCAAUGGAAACAUCCUAAAGAGUAGACUCCUAUUCGACUGCAACAAGUUACAGGAGUGCUUCCAGUUACUAGCAGAUGGCCCAAUAGAAGUGACGUCCGCAAAAAUCGUUCUUCUCCUCCUCAUGAACCGACACGAUUUGGUCAGUCAAAUUAUAGAAGAUUACAAACGGAUGAAUGAUGAAAUACCCAUCGUAAAAAUUAUGCUAGCCAUAUUUUACCUAUAUACAGAAAAUCAGAAAGAAGCCUUUUUAAUCUUUGACGACUUGGAGUCUAUGUUUGGAUCCACCGUGAACGACUCCUCCACCGUCAUUCUAAAUGGGAAGGGUGUGUCGAAUAUUUUAAACUACGAGUUCAAUGAUGCGAAGGAGUUUUUGAAAAAUACACUAAAGGAGGAUCCCACAAAUGGGGAUGCCCUUUACAAUUUAAUUACAUGCUCUUUAUAUUUGUACGAGCUGGACGAGGCGAAUGACUUCUUGGAUAAGCUUUACGAUUCCUUCCCCUCACAUGAGAGCUUAUCCGUUUUGAAAAAUAUCGACGAUGCGGUUGAUAACUUCGUUGCGCAGUUUUAG